AUGGGCAUGCUACGAGUCGGAGGCUGCUUAGCACUCGCCUUCUCUCUGAGCUUCUUCUUCUCGUGCUCCGUUGCUUCUCCAGCUGAUGGUUUCCUCCGGUGCCUGCUGAGCGCCAAGAUACCCAGCGAGCUCGUGUACACGCAGAGCUCCACCAACUUCACCGAUGUGCUGGCCUCCACCAUCAGGAACACCAAGUUCCUCACCAACGCCACGGCGAGGCCGCUCUGCAUCGUCACGCCCGCCGACGCCUCCCACGUCCAGGCCGCCGUGCUCUGCGGCCGCGGGCAUGGCGUGCGCCUCCGCGUACGCAGCGGCGGGCACGACUACGAGGGCCUCUCGUACCGGUCCGUGCGGCCUUCCGAGGUGUUCGCGGUGGUCGACCUCGGCGCCAACCUCCGGGCCGUGCGCGUCAACCGGCUCGAGUCCACGGCCUGGGUCGACUCCGGCGCCACCAUCGGGGAGCUCUACUACGCCAUCGCCAAGAACGACUCCCGGAUCGCGUUCCCGGCCGGCGAGUGCGCCACCAUCGGCGUGGGCGGCCACUUCAGCGGCGGCGCCAUCGGCAUGAUGAUGCGCAAGCACGGCCUCUCUGCGGACAAGGUCCUCGAUGCCAAGCUGGUCAACGCCGACGGCGAUCUGCUUGACAGGGCUGACAUGGGGGAGGACCUCUUCUGGGCCAUCCGGGGCGGCGGCGGCGGGAACUUCGGCAUCGUGCUCUCGUGGAAGAUCCAGCUGGUGCAGGUCCCGCCGACGGUGGCGGUGUUCAACAUCGCGAAGACGGUCGACGAGGGCGCCGUGGGCAUCCUCGCCAGAUGGCAGCACGUCGCGCCGGUUCUCCCCAGCGACCUCACCAUAAGGGUGAUCGUGCAAGGGCAGCAGGCCAUGUUCCAGGCCCUGUACCUCGGGGCAUGCGACUCGCUGGUGGCGACGAUGGGCGACCAGUUCCCGGAGCUGGGCAUGACGAGCGCCGACUGCCAGCCGAUGACCUGGCUGCAGUCGGCGGCCACACCCUUCAUCAGCUUCGGCAGGAACGGCACGCUGGAGGAGGCGCUGCUGAGCAGGACCGCCGGGCAGAGCAGCGCCGGGAAGAUCAAGUCCGACUACGUCCAGCGCGCCAUCCCCAAGGCCGCGUGGGAGGAGAUCUUCUCCUGGUUCACCAUGGACGGCGCCGGGUUCAUCUUGCUGGAGCCCCACGGCGGGUUCAUGGGCAGCGUCCCCGCCGCGGCGACGCCCUACCCGCACCGGCACGGCGUGCUGUACGUCAUCCAGUACAUCGCGUUCUGGCAGCAGGGAGGCGACGGCACGGCGGCGACGGCCUGGAUCGGCGGCCUGUACGACUUCAUGGGACAGCACGUGAGCAAGAACCCUAGGCGGGCGUACGUCAACUUCCGGGACCUGGACAUCGGCCAGAACGAUGGCACGCCGGAGAGCGGCGAGGUGUGGGGCGAGCGCUACUUCGUGGGCAACUACCGGCGGCUGGCGGCGGUGAAGGCGGCCGUGGAUCCCACCGACUACUUGAGCAACGAGCAGAGCAUCCCGCCGUUGCGUUGA